AUGUCUGGAGAACCUAAUGCCGCUUGGCCUCUGGCCGACGAGAGCCUCACCCAGAACCUCCUGGACCUUGUGCAGCAGGCUUCUCACUACCGUCAGCUGAAGAAGGGAGCAAACGAAGCGACCAAGACACUCAAUCGUGGUACCUCUGAAAUCGUCAUCCUCGCUGCGGACACCAAUCCUCUCGCUAUCCUUUUGCACAUCCCCCUUCUUUGUGAAGACAAGAAUACUCCGUAUGUCUUCGUGCCCAGCAAGCUUGCUCUGGGCCGGGCGACCGGUGUCUCUCGUCCGGUGAUCGCUGCUAGCAUCACCACCAACGAGGCUAGCGACCUCAUGGGACAGAUCCGGACCAUCAAGGACAAGGUUGAGAGGCUCAUGAUCUAA